ACGGCCGAACAUUCAGUGACACUUUGCUAUUUUCUAAACUCAAUUCUGACACGCUGUACAUUUAUCCUCGACACGCCGUCUGUCAUUUAUUUUACUUAUCCAAUUCUAGGAGAGAUUUUGUUGGCAGCAGAUGUUAUCUGUUGCACAUGCGUAACGGCGGGAGAUCAGAGACUGGAAAGACUAAGUUUCUAUUCAGUUCUGAUUGACGAAUCUACUCAAGCGACUGAACCUGAAUGUCUAAUUCCGCUGAUGGUUGGAUGUCGUCAAGUUGUCCUGGUCGGCGAUCAUUGCCAGCUCGGGCCGGUCAUUACCUGCAAAAAGGCCGCAAAGGCUGGUUUGACGCAAAGUCUUUUCGAACGUUUUGUCUUGCGCCUCAGUUGGCGGCUUUUUGUUCAAUACCGAAUGCACCCAGCUCUGUCUGCUUUCCCAAGCAACGUAUUUUAUGAAGGCAGCCUACAAAAUGGUGUGACUACAGAGGAUCGUCUCAAAGAACUCGACUUUCCGUGGCCGAACUCAGAUAGGCCAAUGUUCUUCUACUGUACUUCAGGUCAGGAAGAAAUAUCGGGUAAUGGUUUAGUUCGCGCUAUCAAAAUUCACCUUAUGAAAUUCAGUUAUCUCGGGCUGUGUCCAUUUUUAUUCCUCCAUAGAAUGCUGAAAGUCGGCGUUGACCCCAAAACAAUUGGCGUUAUCACACCCUACGAAGGCCAGCGGGCUUAUCUGGUCCACUAUUUUCAUUAUUCGGGUUCUCUAAAUUCAAAAUUAUACCAGGAAGUAGAGGUCGCAAGCGUCGAUGCCUUCCAAGGGCGUGAAAAGGACUACAUCAUACUCUCCUGUGUGCGGGCAAAUGAUCAUCAAGGAAUUGGCUUCUUAAACGACCCUCGACGUCUAAAUGUGGCUCUCACUCGUGCAAAGUUUGGACUCAUUGUUGUUGGAAACCCGAAGGCUCUCUCGAAGGUAACGACCCUGCUCUCUCUGAUUACUCUGUGUCUGUAA